AUGGCCAAGCCACAAUGCAGCCGGCUAGCACAUUCGAGCCAUCCACGUGCCAUCUCGGCCCAAGACGCUGCAGCUGGCUUUGGGGAGCAAUUGGCUGGCGGAUGUCUGCAAGCAUGCCAAGCACAGUCUCGCCUUGUUCGGCGCCAUUGGCAAGCAGAAUUUACCCAGGAGUCAAGGCGAGACGAAGAAACCGACAGCGCGGGCGUUGGGCCCUGUACCAGGACUGCACAAGUAUGCGGUGGGAGUGGAAAGCUCACGGCAAAGUCUAGCCGUAGUCGGGGAUGGAGUCCAGAAGUGGAACUGACCAUGACGAAACCGGCGAGCCGUCAAGACGGGCUGCCUGUUGUGGAACAUGAGAGUUGGACUCCCCCGAUUCGAUUGCUCAAUCGAAAGCCGCCGGUCGGCACCGCAAAACACGGAAAGAACCCCCAAUCCCACGAUGGCCGUGGCAUGUAUGGAUGUAAACCAAGCGUGCGGAACGCGCGGAUCGCCGAUGUCUGUGACCUGUUCUUGGGUUCCAGACGAAGGAGCGCACAAGUACACUGUACCGUAGUUGGAGCCCGAGGACGCCGCCUUUCGAUGGACGGGGAAGCUUUCCCCGGCCCCGUCCUAUCGAGCGAGCGUAUGCUGCGGUUGAAGAGGGACCGGCCGAGCUCCGGCAGGUGGGGCAAGACGGUUCCCCUUGCUUGCCUUAUGCUACCGGGCGGUGAGAAACCCGGACAGUUCGGGAAAGUGCUUGCGGCCCCUGUGCUCAGUGUGCAGAUUGCGCCCAUUGAUAGGCGGCGAGUCGACGCCGACGCAGGGGAGCCGGCGGUUCCUUGGAAUGGCCGUACUCGGCAAGGAAUCAAUACCCAUAAUGAUGCGGCUGUCCCCCCAUCGGCAGUUGAAGUCGAGACGAAAGACGGGCGACCAGCGCUGCUUCUACACGCCACCUUCCCGUGCAGGCUUGGAGCGCGGCAGUUCCGUUUCGCUGAUGGGUAG